CUGUUAGAUAUAUGGACAUGCAUGUCACUGUACCGGUGUACGAGUACACACAAUUCGCACAUUUGAGGUAGUCUUGGCAGGAGGACCUCUUGGGAUCCAAACGCUUUUUUUUGAUUUUGACACAUCACGUCACCGACCAUGGUGUCUUUGACAUUGGGAUUUCCGUUGAUCGGAGGGGCAAAUCUGGAAAGCGGUACAAGAAGUUUGAUUUCUGCAACCGCAAGCGGCGGCGGCGGAGCUGGGUUUCCGUCGUUUCUGCCGAAAGAAGUGCACAAAAUCAAAGACCCAUUUGCUCGAACCCUAGCUCAGAGGAUCCAAAGGCUUCCCGUACAGAUUGAAUUUUCUGAAAGUUGUAUUAUGAGUAGUUGUGUGAAGCCAAUAAGACAAUGUGAGUCCAACCCUGUGGUUCUUCUCCACUGUUUUGACAGCUCUUGUUUAGAAUGGAGAUGCACAUAUCCCUUGCUGGAGGAGGCGGGCUUGGAGGUUUGGGCUGUUGAUGUUCUCGGGUGGGGCUUCUCCGAUUUAGAACCACUUCCACCAUGUAAUGCCGCAACAAAACGAUAUCAUCUCUAUCAGCUUUGGAAGACCCACAUUAAAAGGCCAAUGAUCUUGGUUGGACCAAGCCUUGGUGGUGCUGUUGCAAUUGAUUUUGCUGUCAAUUAUCCUGAAGCUGUUGAAAAACUAGUUUUGAUAAAUGCAAGUGUCUAUGCAGAAGGCACAGGACUACUGACAAAGUUACCUACAAUAAUGGCCUAUGCAGUGGUCUCAUUGUUGAAGAGUGUACCACUACGACUGUAUGCAAAGUUUUUGGUCUUUGGCUAUAUCCCGUUUACUACGAGCUUGGAUUGGACCAAUGUGGGCCGCUUACACUGUUUGUUACCUUGGUGGGAGGAUGCUACUGUUAACUAUAUUCUUAGUGGGGGUUAUAACGUUGUUGCCCAAAUAAAACAGGUGAAGCACAAAGCACUUAUCAUUGGGGGCGAGUGCGAUAACAUUGUCUGCAGUAAGCUUGUGAUGAGACUGCACUGCGAACUGCCAAAUUCAAUUAUGCGCCAAAUACCAGAUUGUGGUCAUCUUCCUCACGUUGAGAAGCCCAAUGCUAUUGCAAAGUUGAUCACUGAUUUUGCUCAAGGUGAUAGCUGCUAGAAGGCCCUUUUGCUCGUCGACUAGAUGGUUUUACUUUCUCUCACUUGUGUUGUGUCUCAUCGUGCGUAUACAUUGCUGGCCGAUACAUCUGGAGGGUGAGCUUGUUCUAGGGUUUUAAUAAAGAAAACCACUGCCAGUCAUCUAAUGGUCCCGUUUGGUAAAGCUGUAACAGAUUAUAACUUAUAACUGUGAACAUAAGCUGGUAAUCUGUUUGGUGCA